UUAAUGGUUAUACUUCCACAGAGACAGCGAUUAAAAUAUGUAAUGAAUAAUGAUAAAGUUAUUGAUAUGGUGUUGUCAAACUUGCUAAUUUAUUUUGAAAUUUUCCGCUCCUUUCUAUUAUUUCUUACUUUUAUUUGAUUUAAGUAUAAAAAUGGACCAUAAUCUAUUGAAUUUUUGGAUAAACUACGAGAACAUAAUCAAUUGGGGUUAUCGAAUUUCAGGGGCUCGGGGAUCGGAUAGCGAUAGUUCGUUGGUGACGAUUGAUACUGAAACGAAGGAAAUUAAUACAUAUGCAACUCUUAACACUGAAAAAAACGAGUAUGAUGAUGACGAUGUUUGCACUUCCGAUGGCAGCGUUGAUAUUGAUUUAGAAUAUUUAAACUUUUCAAAAAAAACAUUGGAACAUCAAGAAAAAAUAGUUUUUUGUAAUUUUAAAACAGGGUAUAUUAUUUAUUGAAGAAUAAUAAAUGGUUAUGGUUCAUUGUUUGUAGAAUUAGAAAAGAGAAAAGUUGACCAAGAGUAUGGACUGUGCAAUUCAUCCAGUUUUGAA